AGGAGUUCUUUUUAUUAACUUUUCAUGCGUCGGGGACACGUUUGGCAAUGUUGACGCGCGCUUAAUAAAUGCGGUUGAUUCGUCAAGUUUAUAGACCCUCUCCUCAGAAUACUUUUAAGUGAAUAAAAUGCCUAAGAUUACCAAAAAAAAAAUUUCUAUUGAAAGUUAUCAAAGUAUUUUUAAAAACCAGUUAUGGACCCUAGGGUAGGAGUCUUGGUCCAACUCAUGAGGAAAGUGCGUCCAGGGAAAAGAAGGGGCUGGUUGUGAAGGUCCAGGCUUGAGAGCGCCCAAUACUCCACCUUUUGGAGGGAGCCCCAGUUUGGUGCUGGUCCCGCGCCAGGCGCCCAGGAAUGGGAUAAGGCAGGCUCGGCCAGGCCCGGUUUGGGCAGUGGGAAGGGCGGGCAUGGCACAGUGCAGGACCAGGCUUACUGCCGCCAUCUGCUCCCGGCCUGGGUCAGUGGUUGGAAAUGCACGGGGAGUAAGUGGCUGCCAGAGCGCAGAAUUUCGGGGUUUGACCGGCAUUAGACCUUCAGGGUACACUACAAAUGCCCGCUGGGGAGGCACGCAAAAUCUAACUCCGCAAAGACAACAAGUAGUCACUCAGCAGACCUCACCCCCGGGGAACGCACGUGUUAGCAACUACACCGGGGAGGAGCGGAGACAAAGCCCCGCCUCCUCGCGACGUGCGCGAGCUUUACGUCAACGUCGACGCGGCGGCGCCAUUUUGGCCAGCGCCGUUAGGCUCUGAGCGCGGCGGCCAUUUUGUUCGGGUCGCCAAGUGGGAGUUGGUGGCGGCUGUGGACGAGAGGGCGGACUGAAAGAAGAACGGACGCGAGGACCCAACAGCCAACCCGUCACGCAAGCGAAUAACUACCCCUCCGUCUCAGCCCAGCGCCUCCACCCGUCCCAGAUAAACCUAGCGUGGCCGGUCUCCGGCCCCACAACCGCAACCGCAGUGGCAUCGGCGGCCCCCGGCGGAGCGCUGGCGUCCGUGUCCUUUGAUUCCCGGGAUUUGAAGAUGGCUGCACAGUCAGCUCCGAAAGUUGUGCUAAAAAGCACCACCAAGAUGUCUCUAAAUGAGCGCUUUACUAAUAUGCUGAAGAACAAACAGCCGAUGCCAGUGAAUAUUCGGGCUACGAUGCAGCAGCAACAGCAGCUAGCCAGUGCCAGAAACAGAAGACUGGCCCAGCAGAUGGAGAAUAGACCCUCUGUCCAGGCAGCAUUGAAACUUAAGCAGACUAUGUUUGCAAGUCCGGCGAGUGGCUGUGGAAGGAUAUGUCCAAGCUGUGGCUGGCAGUCUGGAGGGCGGUGCCAUGCAACUAAGAGCUUAAAACAGCGUCUAGGUAAAAGUAACAUCCAGGCACGGUUAGGCCGCCCCACUGGCCCCCUGGCCAGGGGAGCAGUCGGAGGACGGGGUUUGCCCAUGGGCCAGAGAGGCUUGUCCCGAGGAGGACUUCGUGGAGGACGUGCUACCAGAGCCCUGCUAAGGGGAGGAAUGUCUCUUCGAGGUCGAGGCAUGGUAGGCCGUGGACGAGGGGGCUUUGGUGGUCGUGGUAGAGGUCGGGGACGAGGUAGAGGUUCUGCCCGCCCUGCACUGACCAAGGAACAGCUUGACAACCAGUUGGAUGCAUAUAUGUCAAAAACAAAAGGACACCUGGAUGCUGAGCUUGAUGCGUACAUGGCUCAGACAGACCCUGAGACUAAUGAUUGAGGCCAGCUUUCCUGUUAGAGACUAUUCUUCAAGUUCAUUACAUCUGUACAGCUCCUGCGCUAACAAAUGAGAAGACCUGACAGAUGCUGAAAGGAUCUAUCAUAAUAGGUUGUGGACUUUAUUCAACCACCAGUUCAUACAUUUUGUGUGUUCCUUUACUUUUUGAUACUGUGUUGGAUGAAACGUUUGUGUUUUUGUUUGUUUUUGUUUUGUUUUUUUAUUGGUUUUGUAUUUUUUUUUCUAUACUCCUCUCUGAACUUGAAUGUGACUGCCUGGUGACUGGAAUAUGCCUCCUCCCUCACUUAUGCACUGACAUUUUAAUGUUCUCCCCAUUCAGUCUUCUGGUUUUGAAUUAAGGCUCUAGAAAAUGCCAUAGCACAAACUUCCUAUUUGAAGUUUCUACUAAGUAUGGAGAGAGAUUUUUAAGAGGGCUGUAAAAGAAGUGGUAAAUAGUACUGUUCUUAAAAAAAAAAAAAAAUACAGAAUCUGGGGACAGAAGACACAUAUUUAGACAUACACUGCAGCAAAUGGUGGGAGAGCUAAGUUGGUUACCUUGAGGACCAGGUUAACAGUCUUGUAUAAAUUGCUAAUGGUAAUCAAGUUUUUACCAUCCAAGUCCAUACCUCACAUAGAUCAAAGUAUUAUCCACAAUAACAUAGCAUCUUUCUUGAUACAUAAAAACUUUCCUUGUGCACUUUGUAUCAUGAACAAAAUGGAUAAUAUUGGUCAAGCUAUUUACAUGCAGCAAAAAAAAGAGGCUGUCUGGCAGAUUCUUAAGAGGGGAGAGGAGUGAGAGAAUUUUGGCAGGCUUACUGCCAAGUGGGUUCUGGGAACGCCUUAGAAGUGCUAUUAUCUUUAUUUGUUAAAAAACGAAACAGUUUUCAGUCUAGAACAACUUUGGAUUUUACCACCCACAUUGGCUUUGCUUAUCUCUUCUUUCCCUUGAAGUUUUAAAGUUCAGUCAUACCUUUGUCAGCUGUUCCAGUUUCAAUAGAAUCUUGUAUUUCUGGUUCAUUAUAACAAAGAAGAAACCGUUCUCAAAUCCAA